AUGACGGCAGCUGCAGCGAUCAUGCUAACGGACAGGACCAGGUGCAGCAGGAGGCUAGCGCCGCAGCAGCUAGCGAACAUCAACAGCCAGCCAAGCCGGGGCAGGAGGCUGCUACCGUGGCAGCAGCCGGUCAAGUUCAGCGCCAGCAGUCAGCCAGGCGGUGAGAACUUUGGGGCCAAAAAAGACAAGAGGGAUGAAAGUCGCAAAAGUCCCGUGCUGGGCAGACCCCUCCUGGUGUUCCUCCAUAUCCGCCCUUCCCUUCCCUUACCCUCCCCUUUCCUUUCUCCCCCUCUUCGCUUCUCCUCUGAGGGGAAGUUGUUUGGAAGGAAUAACAUCCGAGGAGCGCGGCAACUUCUCGGGGGCUGCUUUUUGCGGACGUUCACCAUGAACAAAGGAGAGAAGGAAAACGAAUCUAGUGAAUUUAGCAGCAGCCACGAGGAAGAGGUUCGAACGCUCUUUGUCAGCGGCCUGCCGCUGGAUAUCAAGCCGCGGGAGCUCUACCUCCUUUUCAGACCAUUUAAGGGCUACGAAGGUUCCUUGAUUAAACUUACCUCCAAACAGCCGGUGGGAUUUGUCAGCUUUGACAGCAGAUCAGAGGCGGAGGCGGCUAAGAAUGCCUUGAACGGGGUCCGUUUUGAUCCCGAGAUCCCCCAGACGCUCCGGCUGGAGUUUGCCAAGGCCAACACCAAGAUGGCUAAGAACAAGCUGGUGGGCACGCCCAACCCGCCGCCGUCGCAGCAAAGCCCCGGCCCGCCGUUCAUUAGCAGAGACCCAUAUGAGCUCACAGUGCCCGCGCUCUAUCCCGGCAGCCCAGACGUGUGGGCGUCGUACCCGCUGUACCCGGCGGAGCUGUCGCCGGCCCUCCAGCCCGCUUUCACCUACCCCUCCUCACUCCACGCUCAGAUCCGCUGGCUGCCACCUGCAGACGGAACUCCUCCGGGAUGGAAGUCGAGGCAGUUCUGCUGA